CUCGCGUCCGCUCGUCGCGCGGCAGACGUUACUAAGUGCUGAAUUCCUUUUCUACUUCGUCCUCUGCUUCUCGUAGGGUUUUUGUCUGAAGGCAAAAAAAAAACGAUGUCAGAAGAUUGUUCGUCCUGUGCUUCUCGCAGGGUUGUUGUCUGAAAUCAAUAAGAAGAGAUGUCCGAAGAUUCGAAGCUGAAAGGUGGGGAUGUAGCAGACACUGAUAUUUACAAUGUCGAGGCGGCAGAGAUUCUUGCAAAUGAGGCCCUGCUUCUCCCAUUAUAUGAGGCGGUGCCAAUUUACGAGCAGCUUCUUUCUACUUUUCCUACUUCCGCAAAAUUUUGGAAGCAAUAUGUGGAAGCAUAUAUGGCCAUAAACAAUGAUGAAGCUACGAAACAAAUCUUCAGUAGGUGCUUGUUGAACUGUCUUCAAAUCUCCCUCUGGCGUUGCUAUAUUCGUUUCAUCAGAAAAGUCAAUGACAAGAAGGGUUCUGAGGGCCUGGAAGAAACUAGGAAAGCUUUUGAUUUUAUGUUGAGUUAUGUUGGUUCUGAUAUAUCUGCUGGACCUGUGUGGAUGGAGUAUAUUACCUUUUUGAAGUCGAUGCCUGUUGUGACAGCUCAAGAGGAGUCCCAACGCAUGAUUUCUAUGAGGAAAAUAUACCAAAAAGCUAUUGUCACUCCAACCCAUCACAUCGAACAACUCUGGAAGGACUAUGAAAAUUUUGAGAACUCUAUUAACCGUGCUUUGGCUAAAGGCUUAUUAUCUGAAUAUCAGCCCAAGUACAACAGUGCUCGGGCUGUCUAUAGGGAACGGAAAAAAUACAUUGAUGAAAUCGAUUGGAAUAUGCUUGCAGUUCCGCCCAAGGGUUCCUUUAAGGAAGAACAACAGUGUAUUGCAUGGAAGAGGCUUUUGGCAUUUGAAAAUUCAUAUGUAUAUGUUUUCAACUAUGUCAUAUAUUUUAUGUCUAUGCUUUCUUAUGCAUUAUCUUAUACAACCGUACCGAAGUACCAGAAGUGUACUGAUCAGAAAGUUACUGAUACAGAAGCAACCUGCAAGGGGCUGGACCGGCCGGUCCAACAGAAUCCAGACCAGGGAGGGGCGGACCAGGUGGAAGCUAGGGGGAAAAUUUUGGCCCCCCUUGUGGGGCUGUUACGCCUGUUCAAGGAGAACCAGCCCAGCCAACCAAAGGGCCGGCUCAAUGCACAUAUAGGAGGCAAAGCAAAUACCGAGGUUGAUAGCGGAUUCUUACUCGACGCCUAUGGAGACAUCCUCAUCACUCGAUUGCCAUUCUUCGACGUCGGGUUUGAUCGUGACGACACCAUUGAAGAUUACUUGAACCGCAUUAUCCCCACACUCGUGGAAAUGAUCGACUAUCAAUUCUCGGACUACGAGUGGACCAUCAACGGUCACCCGGGUCACCUCCACCUCCGGCUACCUUCCCAACAACGACGUUCCUCGUGCAUGAUGUUUAUGUACCAUUAUCCUGAUAUAUGGUAUGACUAUGCCACAUGGCUUUCAAAGAAUACUUCUCUAGAUUCUGCGGCCAAAGUUUUCCAACGUGCCUUGAAGGCCCUUCCUGAUUCUGCCCCUUUAAAGUAUGCUUAUGCGGAACUGGAAGAGUCUCGUGGAGCAAUUCAGCCCGCCAAGAAAAUUUAUGAAAGUCUUAUUGAUAACAAUGCUAGUGUCACAUCACUUGCACAUAUUCAGUUCAUUAAGUUUUUAAGGAGAACAGAAGGCAUUGAAGUUGCUCGCAAAUAUUUCCUAGAUGCUCAGAAGCUCUCAAACUGUACUUAUCAUGUAUUUGUUGCUUAUGCUAUGAUGGCAUUUUGUCUUGACAAAGAUGUAAAGCUUGCACACAAUGUUUUUGAGGCAGGCUUAAAAAAGUUCAUGAAUGAGCCUGGUUACAUACUUGAAUAUGCAGAUUUCUUGUGUCGUCUAAAUGAUGAUAGAAAUGUACGUGCCUUGUUUGAACGUGCACUAAGCCUGCUUCCCCCUGAAAAUUCUGAAGAGGUCUGGAAACAAUUUGCUAAAUUCGAACAGACAUAUGGAGAUCUGGCAAGCAUUUUAAAGGUUGAGCAAAGGCGAAAAGAAGCUCUAUCUGGUGCAGGUGAAGAAGAUUCAUCAACAUUGGAGAGUACUUUGCAUGAUGUUGUCUCUCGGUACAACUUCAUGGAUCUUUGGCCUUGCUCGUCCAAAGAAUUAGAUCAUUUAGCAAGGCAAGAGUGGCUUGCCAGAACCAUUGAUAAGAAAGCUGACAAGUCUUUUCUUCUGAAUGGGACUAAUGCUUUGGCUAAAGUUUCCAUGGGCCAAGUGAGUAAGGUUUAUUCACAAUCAGCAAAAAUUAGUUACCCGGACACUUCUCGGAUGGUGAUAUAUGAUCCUAGACAAACUAAUGAACUUCCAACUUUCUCCAACUCUAUUGAUUCUGGAAAUUACAAAAGAGCUGAUGAUAUAUUGAAAUCGGUGUCACCAGCAUUGGCAACUUUCAUUACAAACCUUCCUGCUGUUGAAGGACCUUACCCUGAUGUGGAUGUUGUAUUAUCUAUCUUGUUGCAAUAUAGCACACCUGCUGGAACUACUGGAAAAACAUAUUCCAACCACCAAGCUGUUUCUUUUGCUGUUCCCAGCACUAGCGAUCUGUCAGGAUCCAGCAAAACAAGGUUGAAUCCUAAUGGUUCAUCACGUAGAUAUCCUAGAGAAGGACAUUCUGGAAUAAGAAAAGAUAUUGACAGACAAGAGGAUGAUGAAGUCACAACUGUACAGAGCAGGCCUCUCCCCCGGGAUAUGUUUAGGAUCAGACAAAUACAGAAAAGCAGAGGUCCAACCGCUUCUCAGACCGGCUCAGCUGCUUCUGCUGGAAGUGCUUUUUCAGGCGAUCAAUCCCUUAGCACAGACUAACCAGGUCUAAGUUCUGAAAAUCCAGAAGGAAAUAUUAUCGGCUUUAUAGAUUAUGUAUGGAGCAGCAAUUGAUUUUUGAGAGAAGGGAUUUGCAACUAUAGUGUUGUUUAGGGUUUCCUGUAGUAUUGAAUUUUAGCAUAUUAGCAGGAUCUUAAGUGUACUUAUUCAUAAGCUGGAACAUGCUGCAGUGAGUUUGAUCUUUCAAUAUUUUUUGAGAAAUUUUAUGCAUA